AUGCGCGUACCGUUGGUGCUGCUGGGGGGCAUCGUCGUGCUCUCGGUCGCGGUGGCCAGAGCACUUUCCUGCGUCUGCUCGCCCCUUGAGUGCGACACCCUCACCAACGACGACUGCCCAGGCGGCCUCACCUGGGACCCCUGCAAAUGCUGUAAAGUGUGUGCACGAGUGGAAGGUGAACCAUGUGGCGGUCUAUUUGGCUUUUCCGGGAGGUGCGCUAUUGGCUUGCAGUGCUUAAUUAAGAAUUUGGUGCCUCAUCCUCGCGAGUCCGCUGUAGACGAAGGGAUUUGUACGAAGAUUCCCGGGAGGACGAGGCGACAUUGUCCUCACGGCCCGCAACUUUCCAAACCCGGCUGCAACUUGGUUGGCGAGGGAUCCUCGGGCUCCGAGGCGGAAAGCGGCCAGGACGGCGGAAAAUGCGUCUGCGGACACUCGGUGCUCUGGUGCCCCGAGGAACCCCAACCCUACAUGUACAAGACGAGGCACGAGUGCGAGCUCAAUCUCGCCGCGAAGGUGGCAUAUGAUGGACUAUACGACUCAGUGGAAACUCCGACAGAUAACGCGAAAAGUGCCGGAACUCAUCGUCACAACACGGCAGCGACGUCCGAAGCCUGAGAGCGAUUCUCGCCUCUGUCUCCCAGAAAGCUCCUAAGGGACUCCAGCAAGAAAGUGGACAAAGAGCGAGAGGGGGAGUGAGAUAUCGUCGUGAUUCGGCGGAAAAAAGCACGGGACUGUCGGCGUGCGCGAUGAAAGUCUGGCGAGUGAAGAUCGAUUGAAUGUGGUGCGCGUGCCUCUGCUCCUCGGCGCAGGUGUUGCUCGGCACGAUAAUGUGAGCAUCGGUUGUGGAACCUCCCCUCCGCAAACUCGCUUAACGCAUCGAUUUCGCAGCCUCCUUCCUCUCUUACUUCAAGGAAAUCAACAAUGGCCGUCGCCGUGCGCCGUGCCGGUACCACGCUACUUCUUCUCUUUUGCCU